AUGGGAAUUGAGAGGACCUUGGCUGAUAGAAAAGGCAGAGACUUUUGUGAAUUGCCAAGAGAAACGACUACAAGCAGCAAGUCAAGGAAGAACCGCCGGCGUCAGAAGAAGAUGCCGCCGCCGCUGGUUCAGAAGCUCUACGAUACUUGCAAAGAUGUCUUUGCCUCUGCUGCUAUAGGGUUUGUCCCUCCCAUUCAAGACAUUGAGAAGCUUCGCUCUGUUCUAGAUGGAAUAAAACCAGAAGAUGUUGGCUUGAAACCUGAUAUGCCAUAUUUUCGGACAAACGCAGGUCAAAGAAUGCCAAGAAUUACAUAUCUUCACAUUUAUGAGUGUGAAAAAUUCUCGAUGGGAAUAUUUUGUUUGCCACCUUCUGGGGUUAUUCCUCUUCAUAAUCACCCUGGAAUGACGGUUUUUAGUAAGCUUCUUUUUGGAACUAUGCACAUCAAAUCAUAUGAUUGGGUCGUUGACUUGCCUCCUGAAUCUUCUACCAUUGUCAAACCGUCAGAAAGCCAGACUCCUGAGAUGCGGUUAGCCAAAGUUAAGGUUGAUGCUGAUUUUACUGCACCUUGCAACCCCUCUAUCCUUUAUCCCGAGGAUGGGGGAAACAUGCAUUGUUUCACAGCAGUGACAGCGUGCGCAGUUCUAGAUGUGCUUGGUCCUCCAUAUUCCGAUGCUGAGGGCAGACACUGCACAUACUACCUUAAUUACCUCUUUUCCAACUUUUCAGUGGAUGGAAUUUCCAUACCAGAAGAGGAAAGGAAUGCAUAUGAAUGGCUUCAAGAGAGGGAGCAACUUGAAGACUUAAAAGUAGGAGGAGGAAAGUACAGCGGUCCACAGAUUGUGGAGAGUUAAAUCUUAUCCUGUGACCCAUAUACUCCAUCUAUUGUUGCUGUCAAAUAUCCCUACAGAAAUUUUUUCUAUCAAUCUUGAAGAUUUGAUGCCGCCAAUGCUGUCCAAUAGGGAAACGAUGCAUCUGUGUUCUUUUACUUCUUUUCUUUUUGUUAAUUUUUUUUUUUUUUUUGUUAAUGUUUUUUUUUCUUUCUUUAUGGAACAUGAGGCACUUUUCACUUGGUACUAUUUUUCUGUCUAUAGUUCUGUUGUACAUACCAAGAAACA